AAGAGAAAUAUCGAAAGACUUCCAGCCAUGUCAGCAUGUAAGACGCCGCGCGUGAAUCUUUCGAGCUGAAUCCAUGCCACCCGUACCCAAAGCCCCCAAAAGGCCAAACCCCUUCUUCCCGUGAGGGACAAAACUCCCUUCUCCGCACCCAUCUCUUUUAUUUUUUCUCUUUCUUUGCUCUCUCCUGUUCUCGCAAUUUUAGCUCCUUCUCUCGUCUGUCUGUCACAUUUCCAAUGACUUUGUCUCCCUGAUCCGAUUCUCUACGCUUUCUGCUCUUAUUCUUUAUUCCUUGCAUCACAAACAAAAAUUCUCCUUUUUUUUUCCUGUUCCCCCUUCCACCACAAAGCUCAUCAGAUCUCUGUAUCAUUCAAUUCACUCAUUCAUCACUUUUCCUUGGAUAUUGCAACCUUGUUGGCGUAUUUCUGAUAAGAUACACGAAUUCCCGUCGUUCAUCAUAAAUAAUAUUUGUUCAUUGAAUUCUUUCAAUUAUCCCAAAUUUGUCGAUUACGAAAGGAAGCUCUUUCUUUCUUCAUUCCGUGAUUUCAAUUUUCCAUUUUCGCAGCCCAGGAUAUUUAUACUUCUAUUAUCCACGCAAUGUCCGAGCCUCCUUUGAAACCGGUUCUCCAAAAGCCACCUGGAUACAAAGACCCAAACGCCCCGGCCGUCAAGCCUGGGUUUAGACCACCGCCACGAAAACCAGUUCUCCCACCUUCUUUCCACCCCAGGAAAAGAAGGAGUGGCUGUUGUCGCGUUUGCUGUUGCUGUUUCUGCAUCUUCUUUUUGAUCCUCAUUCUCCUCCUCCUCAUUUGCGGCGCCGUUUUCUACCUUUGGUUCGACCCGAAACUCCCCGGUUUUCACGUCCAGUCAUUCCGGAUCUCCCGUUUUAACGUCACCAAAAAAUCUGAUGGAACCUACCUCGACGCACAAACGACGACGAGAGUCGAAGUGAAGAACCCCAACUCAAAGAUGACGUAUUAUUACGGCAAUACGGAGGUUGACGUCAGCGUUGGGGAGGGUGGGGAUGAGACUGAGUUGGGAACGACGACAGUUCACGGGUUCACUACGGGGAAACAGAACACGACGAGUUUGAAAGUGGAGACAAAGGUGAGCAACAAGCUGGUGGAUGACGGGGUUGGUACUAGGCUUCAGGCUCGGUACCGAAGCAAGAGUUUACGAGUGAACAUGGAGGCUCGGACCAAAAUUGGAUUGGGUGUAGCGGGGUUGAAGAUUGGUAUGGUUGGGGUAACCGUUAAGUGUGACGGAAUCGCCCUGAAACGGCUCGACGGCGGUGACAUGCCUAAGUGCGUCAUCAACAUGUUAAAAUGGCUCAACAUUCAUUGAUACGGUUCACAUGCAUGAAAGUUCCACAAAGGGUAGAAAAGCCUGAUGGAUGAGACAAUUCUUCAACAUUUUGUAUCUACAUUGCAUUGUAGCUAGUUCUGGCUUCUUUUUUCUUUUCUUUUUUUUUUUAGUUCUUAAUUUUUUUAUAUAUAAAUUGCAAUAAUUAUUUUUACUACUAUCAUACAUUACAUAUACUUGUGGAAAAUGAAAAGGGAGAUCCAACCCCAAGUGUAUCAUUUCAUAUAACAGCCUAACGUGUUGUCCAUGUCUGAACUUUUGGCUUCUUCUGAUGUAAUGGGGUACAUAUACGUUCCAUUAUUUUUAUUUAUGGGGUUGAAUUUAAGCGUUUAUUUAUUUUGGGUGGUU